GAGGGCCGAAAGGAGAGAUCCUGAAGGACCUACCCAAGGAGGCGGAACCUGAAGCCCUUCCGUAGAAUACGGCCAUUUGCCGAAGGGGUGGAGCGAAGCAAGAGCGCGGCGACCAGGGUCUGCUCUGAUUGGCCUAGAGACCCGUUUUUCUCGGAGGACCUCGACAGGCUCAUGCCAGGCUUCGUCUGGUAAAGGAAAGACUAGAGUGCGAAGAGGGGCUCAGCUUGAGGAGCCGGAGCUGGGGAUCUUAACAGGGAACUUCAGGAAUAUGUGGACAUUAGGAAAGAGACCUCAGCCUAGCACUGGAUCACAACUGAAACUAUGAGAGAGGCCUUCACUGAGAGAGGCUUCACAAACAGAAUACCACAGCUUCAAGAUUGCUGUAAAAUGCAACUUUUUCAGUAGAAGUGCUUAAUAUGAAUGGACAUUGCAUGUGACAGAGGCAGGGAUGGUUGGUUAUGACCCCAAAUCAGAAUGUAGGAACAACUCCAAGGUGGAGGUGGCACUGGCUGGGUCUGCAGCUGGGCUUGUUACCCGAGCUUUGAUCAGCCCCUUGGAUGUCAUCAAAAUUCGUUUCCAGCUUCAGGUUGAGAAUCUAUCAUCCAGAGAUCCACGUGCAAAAUACCAUGGGAUAUUACAUGCAAUGAGGCAGAUCCUGAAGGAGGAAGGCUUGACAGCAUUCUGGAAGGGGCAUUUUCCAGCCCAAAUUCUCUCCAUGGGUUAUGGAGCUGUCCAGUUUGUGACCUUUGAACGCCUGACUGAACUAGCCCACAGAACUAAACCGUAUGGCAUAAGUGACUUCUCGGUACAUUUUGUGUGUGGUGGCCUGUCUGCCUGUGCUGCCACUCUCUCAUUGCAGCCUGUUGACGUUCUCCGGACUCGCUUUGCUGCUCAGGGUGAGCCCAAGAUCUACAGAAACCUCCGUCAUGGCAUGAAGAUGAUGUACAAGACUGAAGGUCCGCUGGCUUUCUAUAAAGGCUUGCCACCAACUAUUAUUGCCAUUUUCCCCUAUGCGGGCUUCCAGUUCUCCUUUUACAGAAUGCUGAAGCAGGUCUAUGAAUGGGCCAUGCCAGGGGACAGAAAGAAAAAUGCAAACAUCAAGAACCUGCUGUGUGGCAGUGGAGCUGGGGUCAUCAGCAAGAUUCUUACAUAUCCUUUGGACCUCUUUAAGAAGAGGUUACAGGUAGAUGGGUUUGAAGAGGCCCGGGCAACCUUCGGACAGGUGCGAAAGUAUGAGAGCUUACUGGACUGUGCCAGGAAGAUUCUCCAAGAAGAGGGUGCACGGGGCUUCUUUAAAGGCCUCACUCCCAGCUUGUUGAAGGCUGCUAUGUCAACUGGAUUAAUUUUCUUCAUGUAUGAGCUGUUCUGUAACCUCUUCAACUGUAAGAAGACCUCAGACAACCAGAAGACAGGGCAAGUGAGCUGAAGGUCUUGGACUUCAGGAGACUCCAAAGAGAAAGAAAACUAUCUGUUGCAUUGUGGAGUGUCUCUUCAUCCAUUACCUCCAAGCCAUAAACUCAGAACACCUGAUAGGGUACAGCACCCAUCUCCACUCAGUCCAUAUAUUGCCAACAAGAGAACUAGUUUUAUGUUUUAAGGUCUCUAGGGAAAGCCUGGGAAUUGGCAUGUGUGAUUUGGCCUCCAUUAGACCAAGGGGUAGAAAGAGGGCUCGACUUCCUUGUUUUACCUUCAUCCACUAGACACUUGAAAAGAAUAGUCAAGGUGCUAUAUCUGCACCCCUCCACUGGGCUUUGAGCAGUUUUAGGGCCUGUGUUCCACACUCUAGGUGAUCCUCAUCUUAUUUUAGUCAUCAGACUUUAGCAUUGAAAUUAUAUCCUUGGUUCAGAGUUUCCUCUCAUCUCUGCCGACAUACCUGCUUUUUUUUCUUAUCUCCCAAGCCACCUCCACAAUUUCUGUAAUCCAUUUGUUCUCCCUAUAUUGCUAAAAGGAAGAAAUUACUAUGUCUCCAGCUAUUCUAAAGUUAGCCUGAAGGUGUGAGGGGGAAAGGCCUUCUCCAAGCUCCAUUUUCUGAAUAGCAUGUCUUCCUCCAUUGUAGCUCUCAUCCCCCAAAAUGGCUUUGCUUUUUGUCCUUAAGGAGAAUUAGUGCCAAAUUGAGUGACCCUCACAUCCCCAGAUGCCUGGACCUUGAUGUUUGUGGAGAAAUACAAUUCUAGUAUUCUCUCUGCAUGGACAAGACUGUUCCCUGACAGCCUCCUCUUAUGGGCACUGGGCUGUGGGAACAGGUUUUCUGGGGGUGUAAAAGAUGGCAGGAAUUUAGACAAUGUCAGCAAAUGGGUGUAGAAGAGCAGGGGAGAAGCUGCAAACUCCCCAGGAUUUCAUUUUCUCCUUCUUAUUGGACAUAUCAAACACUCAUUCUCUACAAUAACACUUGAAAGUAAACUUGGGGCUCUGGGUUUGGGUGAGUAGAGGCUGCUACCACUCUGGUGUCCAGAUUUGAUCCAAGGUUGUGGUGAUGACCAUUCUUGGCUGCUUUGGCAGAGAUGACUGUUCUCAUGAGGUGUUCUGCUGAGGGCAGGGUUCACAGCCCUGUGGGGGUGAAGAUAGGGGAACCCACAAUUGAUAUUUAUUUAGAAUCACAGAGGAAACUGCAGCUGGGUGUGUGGGAGGUGGAGAGAGAUGAGACAGACCAUUACUGCUAGACUCCUUGCUUUUACCCUUGACCACAGUCAUACUCACCUGGUGUUCUAGGGCCCUAGCCCCAGAGCUCAAAUAAGAACGAUUUUGGUUUUUUCUUCGUAUUGAGGUUUAGUAGAGGAAGGCAGAAGGAUUGCCUUGAUUGGCAGAUUCUGGGAAGGGGGCCUUAGCUGUGCCUGGUGCUCCCCUUGAGGUGCCAACUCUUUCCAGCUGCAGAAUAUGCACUGAUCUAAAUCCCCUCAGCCCUUGGGGGACAACAGCUAACAGGGUGGUCUUUGAUAACUGGUUUAUCCUUUCUGAUUCAUGACAUCUGUGUCUUAGACUUGUAACAAUACACUCAGCAGCCCUAGAGGAUGGGAAACUACUUUCCUGAAAACCUUUUCCUUCCCCCUGGAUACUGUUAUGUGAGUGAGCAGAAGCUGCUAUAGAAAGUCUUCACACCAGGGGCCCUGGCCUGGCUAUCCAGGUUUUGGCUCUUCGGAGCUGCUGGGAAGACAGCUCCCUGAAUGUAUUUUAUAUACUUCCAAAGUCAAAACAUCUGUGCUCAACCAGUAAAAUUUUAUUCUCACCA